AUGAAUGGUUUGGUAGCAUUAAUAACCGGUGGUGCAUCGGGUCUUGGUUUAGCUUGUGUUAAUCGUUUUUUAAAACAAGGCAUAAGUCAUGUACAUUUUUGUGAUUUACCAAUAUCGAAAGGUGAAGAUAUUGUUAAAUCAAUGGAUUCAUCUUUAGUUACAUAUCAUUCUGUUGAUGUUACAAAUGAUAAUGAAGUUGAAGAAAUGUUUAAAAAAAUUAAAGAAAAAAAUUCAAAACUUAAUUGUCUUGUACAAUGUGCUGGAAUUGGUGUUGCAUUUCGAUGUUAUAAUAUAAAUAAACGAAGUAUGCAUUCAAUGGAAGAAUUUUAUCGAGUAAUGAAUGUAAAUGUUGUUGGAACUUUUAAUGUUCUACGAAGAGCAUGUCAUAUUAUGGCUGAUAAUCAACCAGACAUAAAUGAACAACGUGGUAUAAUUAUUAAUACAUCAAGUAUUGCUGCAUAUGAAGGACAAAUAGGUCAAGUUGCUUAUUCAGCAGCUAGUGGUGCUUUAGUAAGUAUGACACUUCCAAUAGCACGCGAUCUUGCAAGUGUUGGUAUUCGUGUAUGUACAAUUCUACCUGGUAUAUUUGAUCAAACAAAAAUGGUAGAACCAUUAUCUGAAAAAGGAAAAAAAUUACUUGCGUCAAUGGUAACAUUUCCAUCUCAACUUGGUGAACCAGAUGAUUUUGCUCGAUUAGCACAACAUAUUAUUGAAAAUAAGUAUUUAAAUGGUGAAAAUAUUCGUUUAGAUGGUGCUAUUCGUAUGCCACCUUAA